AUGAAGUUCAAAAAAGCUACCAAUUCCUCGAACUCAAAAUCAAAAUCAUUCCCACAACCCCGAACCUGCGAAUUCAAGCCUGCCUAUCUCAUGACUAAAAAAGUGAUGGCUUCCACAGAGCUAACCAUCGCCGAUUCCUAUCCCCACGAGCUCAACAUGAAGAUCGGUAAGUUUGAGGUCUUACGCUUAGUGGAGAAUCGAUAUGAGAAGAAACUCGCCGCCGCGCAAAUCUCCGGCCACUCCUCCUCCUCCUCCUCCAUCCGGCCCAAGAAAAGAAAGAUCAACAAUCUCCCCAAUCCAAUUCCCUCUCCAUUCCACAACGGCAUUGCCGAUGAUUCAACUACCAUGAUUGGUCAGGAUUCGCUCAACCACGGCUCGGCGGCGGAUCCUACCGAGGAGGAUUCAAUGAACAUGAUUGCAGAGAUUCUGCUCUCUCUCAGCACUGCGGGGCCGGCUCCGCCUGAGGAUUUAACUAUCCUGAUUGAACAGGUUUCGCGCGGGAAAGGGAUUGCGACGCCGGAGGCAAAACUGGUGAUACAGAAGGAGCUGUACAAGACCGACUUGGACAAGGGGCACGGCCGAUUAUCAAUCCCGUUCUCCCAGAUCAAAUCCGUUUUUCUCACGAAGGAGAAGGAGGAUUUUCUCCGUGGCCGCGCAAUGAACAAUAGGAAAAAUCACUUGGAGGUUAUGAUUAUGGCGCCGGGGGUGGCGCCAGUUGCCGUGAAACUCUCUGAGUGGGUUACAGAGAAGAGUAACGGCGGGAAGAAGUCGCGAAGCUACGUUAUCAAUGGUAAAUGGAAUGAUUUUGUGAAAAAUAAUAAUAAUCUGGAAGUGGGGAUGGUUGUGCAGCUGUGGUGUUUCCAGCUUGAAGAGGAGCUGUGCUUCGCGCUCCUGCCGGUGGUUCCUUAAGGCGCCGGAGUU